UGCGGGAGGUGGUGCGCUUUGGGGGGUCGUGUUCCAGGUUGGGCAGGCAGGCAGAUUCUUGGAGUUCUGAUUCGGAGAAUCCGGGGGGUUGGGGGGGACUUUCGGCGUGGGUUAAGUCUUGCAGUGCCGCGCCUUCUUGCGCUCGGGUCACGUGGGCCGACAGUAGCGCUCGCUGACAUUCACUGAGCACUGUCCCCGGGCUUCAAAUCCUCGGGUCCAUCAAGUGCAUUUGAGGGCUGUGAAACCGUUGUCUCAUUUGGUGUGUUGUGAAUCCCCAUCGUGAAAGGCGAAGAAACGGGAGGCCCAGAGAAGUGGAGGAAUUUGCCCAAGGAGUCACAGCUAGUGACUGUAGGAGCCAGGAUCGGAACCCAGAUCUGGCCCCCGAGCCCAGAGAAUCUUUAACUGCACUACUCGAGGUGUGCAUCUGCACCUGACCAAACCCAUGUGCUGCGGUUUGGCGCCUCCCCCCGACCCCCAAAACUGGGCUCAGAAAACAGCGCUUCCCCUUCACCGAAGAUGAUGCUUUAACCAGAUAGAGAAUCGGGAGGUUAUUAUAAGUAUCGCAGUGAUUUGUUACUCUUUAGGACAUUGGUUCCUGCUGGGGAAAGUGUUCUCACAGCCUUAUGCGUUCAGUGCCCAGCCCAGAGUUGGCUGUCCCUAGGUAUUUGUUGAAUGAAGGAAGGCUCUGCCACCUUUCUUGUACCUCUUUGAACUGCCUGAAGGAAAGAGGACCAGUUUGAGAGUCAGACUCUGCGCCACUCACUAGCUGUGUGUCUUUGGGUAAAUUUCUGACCUUCUCUGUGUUUAGUUUUCUCAGUGGUAAAGUGGAAGUACAGUUAACCCUUGAACAGUAUGGGUUUGAACUGUGUGGGUCCGCUUCUGUGUCGAUUGUUGAAAAUAAAUACAUUGGAAAAUUUUACGGAGAUUUGCAACAAUUUGAAAAACCUGGCAGACAAACGGCAUAGCCUAGAAAUACUGAAAAAAUAAAAAGGUACGUCAUAAAUGCCUAAAAUACAGGUAGAUACUAGUUUAUUUUAUUUACACCCAUAGUACAUACAAGCUUGUUUUAAAAAGUUUAUUACAAUGCACACAGAGGCUUGCAGACUGUACACAGCAUCAUGCGUAGUCGAGAGAAACAAGCCUAAAGAUGUGGUAUUAAAUCCUAACUGCAUAAAAUUACAGUAUACUGUGCUACUGUAAUAAUUCCAUAGCCACCCCCUGUUGCUAUUGCUGUGAGCUCAAGUGUUGUGAGUAUGUGCUUAACACGGUGUGUUGCUCACCAUCUCCACGUGAACACUUCGUUACUAGUAAAUUGCAAAAGGCAGUAAAAAGUGAUCCCGUGGUUCUCGCGUAUUUUUCAUCGUGUUUAGUGCAAUAUUGUAAACCUUGAAUAACAACACCACGGGACCCAUAUGAAAUGCCAGUAGUGAUUCUGGAAGUCCUCCCGAGAAGCAGAGAAAAGUCAUGACCUUAUGAGAAAAAGUUGAAUUGCUCGAUAUGUACUGUGGAUUGAAGUCUGAGGCUGCAGUUGCCUGCCAUUUCAAGAUAAAUGAAUCCAGCGUGAGGACCAUUGUAAAAAAAGAAAAGGAAAUCCGCGAAGCCGUUGUGGCAGCUACGCCAGCAGGUGCGAAGACCUUGCACUUCUUUGCGAGAUACUUUUUUUAUCUCGUAUUGAAAAUGCAGCUUUUAUGUGGGUGCAGGAUUGCUAUAAGAAAGGCAUCCCUGUAGACUCUAAUAUGACUCGAGAAAAAGCAAAGUCGUUAUACAACACCUUGGAGCAAAAGGAAGGAGAAGGAACUAAAGCUGGAGAAUUCAGUGCCAGCAAAGGAUGGUUUGAUAAUUUUAGAAAGAGGUUUGGCUUCAGAAAUGUCAAGAUGGCCGGAGAAGCAGCUUCUGCCAACCAACAGGCCGCCGAUGAGUUCCCACCUCAAGAGCUCGUAGACGGCCCAGCAGAGGAAUUAACCGGAGGUGCGUCAGUGCUGAUGAGAGCUUCCGGACCAGUGCCAGAUGAGGGACAUGUGGAAGCAGCAGAGCCAGAAAACAAGUUGACAUUAGACAACCUGGCAGAAGGUUUCGAUUAUUCAAGACGCCCUUGGCUUCUUUUACAACAUGGACCCUCUGUGAUCCGGGCACUGAGACUAAAGCAGAUGGUGGCAGAGGGAUUGGUACCGUACAGAAACAUCUUCAGAGUAAUGAAAAAGCAAAAAAGUCAGACAGAAAUUACAAUGUAUUUCCGUAAAGUUACGCUGAGCGUGCCUGUUUCUCCUGCCUGCCCUUCCGCCUCCUCCACCUGUCCCACCUCUGCCACUCCUGAGACCGCCAGGCCAGCCCCUCUGCCUCCUCGUCCUCAGCCUACUCGGUGGGCAGACGACAAGCCUGAAGACCUUCCUGCUGAUACGCUUCCGUGGAAUAAAGAGUGAAUAGUCUCUGUGCGGUACAGUUCAGCCUACCUGCUGUGUAUGCGAGUGAGUGUCUUCAUGUGAGAUCUAGUAACCGUAUGGCAGGAACUGCGGGAGACGCUUUGUGUCCCCCUCCGCCUCCGCCUGGGUAGUCGUCCUGUAGAACAUGCAAGACUCCUUUGCAAGUGGGUAGCCUAUCCUUAGAGGCUGUAUGGCCACCCUCCUCCGAGCUGUGUCACGGUUGGCAGGCCCAGCUGCAUGGAGAAGGCCUGUCUGCGGGCUGUGGUGCCGCACCGGGCAGGAUCCUGGGAGGUGGGUGGGGAGCAGGACCCCCACCCUGAAGGAGAAGCCUGCAGGCACGGAGACAGAGAAAUUCCAGAUGGUCUACCGGUUCGACGCUAUCCGAGCCUUCGGGUACUUGUCCCAGCUGAAGGUGGCGCAGACGGCCCUGACGCUGCUGGCCCUGCCGCCUGGCCUCUACUGGUACUCGCACGGCCUCGUGACUCUCGGCUCCUUGUGCUUUGCGGGCGGGAUAGCUGGCUUCGCCCUGGCCAUGCUCUGCUGGAUGAGCCACUUCCUCCGGAGGCUGGUGGGCAUCCUGUAUGUGAACGAGGCAGGCACUGUGCUGCGGGUAGCCCACCUGACCUUCUGGGGCCGGCGGCAGGACACGGACUGGCCCGUGGCUGAGGUGGUCCCCAUGACGGAGAGCAGGGACUGGCCCCAGGAGCUGUUUGUGCGUAUCCAGCAGUACAGUGGGAAGCAGACCUUCUACCUGACCCUGCGCUAUGGACGCGUCCUGGACCGAGAGCGUUUCACACAGGUGUUUGGGAUGCUGGACACCCUCAAGUGAGCUGGGAGCUGGGCCUCCGGGUGGCCCUGGGACGCCUGGAUCUCCAGCAGGAAGGCCGAGGGUGUGGGUGAGGCUGAAGAAGGGGAUCAGGCAGCUGGAGACUUUGCCAGGGCCUCUAGGCCCUUGUCUUUUGGGAUGAGGAAAGUCAUGAGGCAGGAGCUGGUAAUCGGGUUUACAGGAGAGGUCCUUAGUACAAAUUCUUAUUGCCUUUGUGUGUGACAUUCAGCCAGAUAAUGGCCAGAAGUUUCUGUUAACAGCCAGUUGUUGGAGGAAGCCAUGUCGGGUUCAUGCAAGCUGUGCUGUGCUGAGAAAUCAGAAGGCAGGGAGGUGUGGCAGGGGGAGCACAGGAUUCGGAGUGAGAACGCUUGAGUGCUGUCAGGUGUUAGUUCCUGGUUCCUGGUCCAGGUUAUUGAGUCUCGCUGAACCUUGGUUUUCACAUCGGUGAAAGGGAAAGUCCUGCCUGUUUCAUGGGAUGGGUGUGAGAAUAAACGGUAAAUGUCAAGGUCAGUGCAAAGGUGAUGGUGUGGUGCAAGGCUUCCAGGCAGUCAGGAGGGAUUUCCCAAGCCCUGUGCAGGGCCCCCUCAGGACUCAGCCUCAGAAAGGACCGGAAAGAAGCCUAGAUAAAGGUGGGUCAUUUGACCCCGCCAGGAUGGUGACCGCACAGUGACUGGGACAGGUGUUGGCCUGGCGAGCACAGCACCCCUGCCAAGAUGGUGUUCACCACCCAGACGUUCAGGGCCCUCCUGUCAGAAGGCUCUGCAGUGUCCUAAAGUGAGAUGAACUGUAUUCUGGUGCAUUAUUUUAUAAACUAAAGCUAAUGAUAUGCACUGCCUUUCCCUGUAAUUUGUCAUACACAUUUGUCAUGCAGUCUGUAACAGAGUAACAAGGGAAGACGUGAUCUUUAUAAUUCAGAAGUCAGUAACAGCACGUUUUGUUGUGUGGACUUAGAGGCUUUUGUAUUGCGGUAAAACAUACAGAACGUAAAUUUUUUCUUUGACCGUUUUCCAGUGUACAGCUCAGUGGGAUUAAGUACAUCUACGGUAUUGUGCAACCAUCACCUCUGUCCAUUUCCAGAACUUUUUCGUCAUCCCCAGGAAAACUCUGUCCCCAUUAAACAUAACUCCCCAUUUCCCCCUCCCCCUGGCCCUUGUGACCACUCAUCUGCUUUCUGUCUGUGUGGAUUGACUUAUUCUGGACAUUUCGUUUAGAUGGACUCAUACGCCCCGUGGUCUGUGAUGUCUGGCUUCUUUCACUUGCCCUCCUGUUUUCAAGGUGCAUCCAGGCUAUAGUGUGUAUGAGCUUCAUUCCCUUUUAUGGCGAAUAGUGUAUUACGUGUAGACUGUGUUUUAUUUAUCCCUCCGUUGAUGGACAUUUGUAUUGUUGCCAACGUUUGGCUCUUGUGAGUAAUGCUGCUGUCAGCAUGGCUGUAUAGAAAUCUGAGGCCCUGCUUUCGGUCCUUUGGGCUGUGUGCUGAGACGUGGAAUUCCUGGGUCGUAGGGUAACUCUACAUCUGACUUCGUGAGGAACCACCAGGUUUCCCACGGUGGCUGUGCGGUUUUAUAUUCCUCAGCACCGCGUGAGGGCUCCAGUUUCUCCAUGUCCGUCUUUUGGAUAAUUGCCAUCCUAGUGGGUGUGAAGUGGUCUCUUACUGUGCUUCCAGGCUUUUCUAAAAACAUAGAUGUUAUCCUGUAUCUGGAACUGCUGGGGUUUUUCCUUCCUGUAACACAUGACUGUCUUAGCUGUCUUAGCUGUAAACCAUUAAAAAUAUUCUGUCACAAGAAAAUAAAAACGUUGUAAUGAUGAGAGCUGUCUCAUGUUAACUAACCAUAUUGUAAUAAUUGUUUUGCAACAUAUAUACAUAAAUAAAUGAUUACGUUGUACACUUUAA